AUGGGCGCGAUCGACGCGCGCGGGACGGAUGAGCGACGCGAUGCGUUGGCUUUGAAGACACCGCCGCCGAGCGACCGCGCGUCGCUUCGUGCGCUCGAUGACGCGCGCGCGUCGGCUCGGACCGCGCGCGAAACGAGACGCGAAGCCGUGCGCGGGCGAGCGUGGGAGACGGCGCGGGCGCUGGCGCGAAGUGGGCGCGGACGAGACGCUUUGGAGACGCUCGCGCGAACGUCGACCGAGGCGCUGGGAGGGAUCUCGGGGAGGAUGUGCGCCGAGGGUGAGUGCUUGGAGGCGAUGGGAAUGACGACCGCGGCGUACGAACGGUUCCGUGCGGCGUGCGGAGACGACGACGGACGGCCGGAGGCGUGGUGCGGGUUGGGCAGGCUGGCGCACGCGAGCGGAGCGUACGACGAGGCGACGAAGUGCUAUCGACGCGGGAGAGAUCGAUUUAAGGAAUUGGGAGCGAUGGAUGAGGCGCGAGAAGCAGAUCAGACUCUGGCGGCGGCGUGGACGGAUCUCGGGACGACGCACAAGGCGGCUGGGGAUGUCGAGCGCGCGCUGGCGACGUACAGAGCCGUCAUAGCCGAGCUUCCGUGGUGCGCGGCGGCGGCGUAUUAUAACCUCGGCGUCUCGCUCGUGGAGUGCGGUCAAUUAGUCGAGGCGGAACACGCGUACAGGAGAUCCAUCGCUGUGGAUCCGACGAGAGCGGAGGCGUAUUGCAACAUCGGCGUCGUUUUCAAAAUGAUGAGUCGAAUGGACGAAGCGGUGGAGGCAUACGAGCACUGCUUACGCCUCGCCCCGGACUUUGAGCUCGGCAGGAAGAACUUAUCUCUUGUUCUGACGGAUCAAGGGACGGAGUUCAAGAUGAAGAACUCGCUCUCCGCUGCGAUGGCCACGUACGAGCGAGCGCUCACUUACGAUUCACUCAACGUUGAGGCAUACUACAACCUCGGCGUCGCGUGCGCAGAAGCCGAGGAAUACGACCGCGCUAUCAUCGCCUACGAGACCGCUGGACGGUUGCGGCCGCACUAUGCCGAGGUGUGGAACAACGCCGGCGUUUUAUACAAGGAACGAGGCAACGACGAGAGAGCCAUGGAGUAUUAUCAUCGAGCAGUGGCGUGCAACCCGAAUUUCGCUCAGCCCUUGAAUAAUCUAGGCGUGUUGCACACAAUGAGUGGCCAGGCACAGUUCGCGCUUGAUGCUUUGCAGCGCGCCGUGACGGUGGAUCCCGCGUACGCAGUGGCACACAAUAACAUCGGUGUACUGCUUCGAGACACGGGAGACAUCGAGCACGCGUGCGAUGCGUACAGAGAGUGCGUUCGCCACUCCCCGAAUGAUCGGCAUGCCGAGCAAAAUUAUUUACUGGCGCUGAACUACAUACGUCGCGGUGAGGAGCGAGAAGUGUGCGAGGCGCACGCGGCAUGGGGAACGAGGUUCGCCAAACUGAUUGGACCUCCUCUCAAGGCUCGUCGGGCGGUUCGACAGGAUAGCGGCGCUGGGACACCAGGUCGGAGGAAACUCGUCGUCGGUUACGUGUCGCCAGAUAUGUAUACACAUUCGGUGAGUUAUUUCGCCGCAGCUCCGUUGCGAUCGCACGACUCGGAGAUGAUCAAGCCCAUUGUUUAUAACGUGGCCAAGUUUCGCGACGCUCAAACAGAACGCCUUCGUAAAUUCACGCUAGAGUCGGGUGGUGAAUGGCGUGACUGCGCAACGCUAACGGAAGCAGAACUCGCAGAGUGUAUUCGUAACGAUUCUGUGGACGUCCUCGUCGAACUCACGGGUCAUACGGCGAACAACCGCCUCGGAACGAUGGUUCUGGAACCAGCGCCCGUGCAAAUCACUUGGAUCGGCUACCCAAACACUACUGGGCUUCGAUCAAUCCGUUACCGCAUCACUGACGAAGUUUGUGAUCCGGCAGCUACGAAACAAACGUUCACCGAACAAUUAGUACGGUUACCGUCGCCCUACGCUUUCUUGUGUUACACACCGAACCCGGAGGCUCCGAGCACGGUAUCCUUAGCUCCGUGCUUGAGUGUUGGCUACGUGACGUUCGGAUGUUUCAACACAAUGGCUAAAGUCACCGCUGAAGUGCGAACGGUGUGGAGUCGAAUCAUGCUCGCUACCCCGGGUAGUAGGCUGUACUUCAAGUCAAAGGCGUUUGCGUGUGAAGUUAUUCGACAGCGUUUUUUGACGCAGAUGGCAGCGUGUGGCAUUGAGAGCUGGAGAAUUGACUGCGUACCGCUGGAAAAAGCGACUUCGUCGCAUCUAGCGAUGUAUGAUCGCGUAGAUAUUGCGCUCGAUACGUUUCCGUACGCUGGCACGACGACGACGUGCGAAUCGCUGUACAUGGGUGUGCCUGUCAUAACCCUCUCUGGCGGGUGCCAUGCGCACAACGUGGGCAAAUCCUUGCUGAAGACGAUUGGUCUCGACGAGUUUGUGGCAAACGACGUGGAAGCGUAUGUGCGUAUCGCCACAUCACUCGCAAAGGAUACCAAGAGGAUAUCCAAAACUCGCUCGUCAUUGCGAGACAAACUACUUCACUCUCCUCUGUGCGAUGCGAACGGCUUCACUCGUGAACUCGAGUCCAUUUAUCGCGAGCUUUGGCAGCGAUGGUGCGACGAGCAAGCCAGAGCCGCGGAUGCCGAGAGUGAUUUGGACGAAGAGGCGGAAGAGAAGGAAGACGACGAGGACCGAUGCUCAGUGGACGGCGUGGAGGAUGGUUCUAAGGGUGAGUCUAAUUCUAGCGAUAACGACACUGCGGAGCAAUACGCUGGCACAUCAGCCGAGCACGCGGAGCAAGGCGAGUUUUCCUCGAAAUUGAUUGAUACAUUAGAGAUUUGA